GUGGCAGUGCCGGAGGCAGGGAGCCGUAGGGCGUUACUCUGGCAGGUGGCUGGCUCUGCGGGUGUCAGGGCAGGGAGAGCUGGGUACCCGGCCGGCGAUCAAUAAUGCAAGGAGGCAGUCACAUGCCCUUGCUGGCUGUCGCAGGAUUCCUCUCUCCCCAGAGUCCGGUUACUUCCAGAGAUCAAGUUCCAGCCUCUGGGCUGGUGAAUUAUUAAACUCCGGCAGCGCUCCAUUCCCUUUGUACCACGUCUGUGUCUCUCUGCUGUCCUUCCUUCCUUGCCAGGGACGGGCUCUUUCCAUCCAGCUGGCUGUGCAGAAGCACAGUCCUCCAGGUCGCUAUAGCACCUUGUGCUCUCCUUUGCAACUUGCUUCUCUGUGGGAGAGAGAAAAGGCUCCAGAGAUGGACCUGUCCUACAGAUCCACCAUCUCCAUCUACAAGAGUAUCCUGGAGCAGUUCAACCCCGCGCUGGAGAACCUGGUGUACCUGGGGAACAACUACCUGCGUGCCUUCCAUGCAUUAUCCAAAGCAGCUGAAGUGUAUUUUAAGGCGAUCGAGAAGAUUGGGGAGCAAGCGCUGCAGAGCUCCACUUCACACAUGCUGGGUGAAAUUCUGAUGCAGAUGUCUGACACGCAGAGACUCCUGAGCUCUGAUCUGGAAGUUGUGGCUCAGACCUUCCACGUGGACCUGCUGCAGCACAUGGAGAAGAACACCAAAAUGGAUGUGCAGUUCAUCAGUGAGAGUCAGAAGCAAUAUGAGAUGGAGUACCAGCGCAGAGCCACCAACUUGGAUAAGUGCAUGGCAGAGCUAUGGAGAAUGGAGAGGGCCCGUGAUAAAAACGCCCGGGAGAUGAAGGAAAAUGUGAUGCGGCUGCGCUCGGAGAUGCAGGCGUUCGUCUCUGAGAGCCAGAGGGAGGCCGAGCUGGAGGAGAAACGCCGCUACCGCUUCCUGGCUGAAAAGCACCAGAUGCUCUACAACACUCUCCUCCAGUUUUACAGCAGGGCUCGGAGUAUGAUCCAGACCAAGGCGCCGCAGUGGAAGGAGCAGCUGGAGGCCAGCCGCAACCCCUCCGCCAGCCACUCGCAGGGGCUUCUCACAGCCCCCCAUGGCCAGGGGUAUCCAUCAGGCCGGCUCACCCCCACCCACCUCGAGAUGCAGCCCCAGCGACCCCUUGGAGACUUUGCUUCUCCCAUGACUGGGAGUAGAUCCAGCAUCUUCUCUCCGGAUACUCCAGAAAUGAGACUGUCUCCUCAACCAGAGGCCCCCAGGCGGACGCUGCGGAGGACACCAUCAGCCAGUUUGCUCCCUACCAGCCGUACCUCCCGUUCGGGUUCCUUCGGCGAGGCCGGCAGCGGUGGCGAGGCCAGGAAGAGGAACGGCACGGCGAGAGUGCAGGCUAUCGUGCCCCACGCGGCGGGCGCCAACCGCACCCUGCUGCGGUUCGACCCCGGGGACGUCAUCACGGUGCUGAGGCCGGACGCGCAGAACGGCUGGCUGUACGGCAAGCUGGAGGGCUCCGCCACAUGCGGGUGGUUCCCCGAAGCUUAUGUCAAGCCUCUAGAGGAUGCGAGGGAGAUGGAGGAGCUAGCCACCAGGUCCUUCCCACUGCGAAGCAGUCACAGUAUGGAUGACAUCCUGGACCAUCCCAGCACUCCUUCCUCUAGCAAUUACUGGCCUGCUGCUGCCCAGCCCAGUUUGCCGAACUCGCCUCCUGUCUCGGUGGGUGCCAGCAGUCACCAGAGUGGGGUGGCCACCCCGGUCAGUUCCGUCUCCAAGAAAUCAGGAGUAUUUGACCAGCCCCCUGAACUCUUCCCACGAGGUACCAACCCCUUUGCCACAGUCAAGCUGCGUCCCACAGUCACCAACGACCGCUCAGCACCCAUCAUCCGAUGAAGCGAGGGGCUGUGGACGGAGGACAAUUUCAUCAGGGAAGGGGGAAGCAUUCAAGUGAUGGGCUGUGACCCCCAGCUGGGCAGCAACCUAGUGCUAACACUCACAGAGUCACCCCUCUUUUCCCCUCCCUUACCUCCGGGACAUCGGGACCCAUCUCGCCUGGCUGUCUGGUGUGCUUUAGCCAGCAGCAGAUCCCUGCUGCUCUUUUUGGAUUGCCCCCUCAUUCCCCCUCCCUGUGUGAUGUUACUGUACCUGAGUGGGAGAAGUCUGGUGUUACUGGUGCUGGUGGCCUGGGAGAGGGGAUGCUGCUGGUAUGGGAGGCGGAGGGACAGAAGGGUAAGAUCAUCCGCAGCAUGGAGCAGUGCUACCAGGAUGACGAAGGCGAAGCUUUGCUUAUCCUGCUGUGGGCAGAGAAGGACGCUUGCCAGACAGUCCGUUUGCUACCAGAAAAACGAACGCCAAAGGGAGUGAGUAGGUCACAAGAAGGCUUCCAUCGAUGUGGUCCAGCUGACGGGGUAGGCAGCGUGCAGCUCUGCUCUUGGCCCCUUUGGCAACCGUGUCGUGUCUGUUUGUAGCAGCAUCUGCCAUUCCCACCCCCAGCGCAGCCCCGUCCCUUGCUGGGUAGCCCCGGGGCAAACGACAGCACCCAGGGCCACUGUCCUGCUCCUUCAUCUAUUGUCCUGGGGAAAAGAUUUUGUUGUUGUUUUUUUUGGUUUUUUUGU